UCAAGUUCCUUGCAGCAGGACCUUGUAAAAAAGCAGCUUGCGUUCUUGAGAACGAGUUAAAAGAGCACAAUGAGCUUUUACCUCGCACAAUGACAUAUGAAGGAAAACAAGUACUAAUGACGAUGGAUCGACUUUCUAGAGAAUAUCCAGAUGUUGACAACAACUAUUUAUUAGAUCUACUUCGUAAACUUUUAAAUCACUUUAGAGAAACAGGUGAUCCGACUGUACUUCGAGUGAGUGCAUUGAGACAUGGUGACAAUUCUCUUUUAACUAUGCUUUCUGCUUUUGUACCUCAUAAAGAAGUAGAACGUUGUAAUUAUUUAACAAUGACCAUGAAGCAAUUAGGCAAAUUAUCUAUACAUCGUAUGUUGAUUGCAAGAGAAAUGAGUGCAAAAAUUAUGAAAAAGACUCAAAUGCCAACUUCAAUAUCUACAUUUUAUAGAGAGCAUGUUACUAUAUCAGGUCAUCGUAAUCCAGUUUAUUCGGUUGUAUUCGAUAAAACAAAUAGAAGAUUAUUUACAGGCAGUGACGAUUUUCUUGUCAAAGUAUGGUGUGUACGAACAGGACAUCUCAUUCAUACCAUUAGAGGUCAUCAAAAUGUGAUUACAGAUAUUGCUAUUAAUCAAGAAAACACGUUAAUUGCAACUGCAUCUUCAGAUGGUACGGUUCGUGUCUGGACAAUGGAGGAAUAUAAGCCGAUUAUGUGUCUUAGACCUAAUUCUAAUGCUAUUAAACCUUUCACAACUGUCAAAUUUUCACCAUCACCAAGAGCAGAAACACGCUAUUUAAUGGCAACAAAUGAAGAUGGUUUUGUUCGUUUAUGGAAAUGGGAUCGCGAUACAUUACAAUUCUUUGAUACAGAUUCACCAAUCACAUUUAGCUGUCGAUUUAGAGCAAGAGAUAGAUUAAGAUGCUCUUCAUUCAAUUAUACAGGCACAAAGUUUUCUGUAGCAGGUGAUGAUGGAUUUGUGUAUGUGUUUUCAACAAUCCAAGUGCAGACUACGCAUGAAGGCGUAACAUCGUCCACACAUGUUUCUGGACAUACUGACUAUAGUAGUCAAGAAAGAUCUACAGGAAGAGGAAGAAGAAGAUUUGCGAAUGCUUUAUUUCCAGAUAAGAAUAACCCAGUACAAACUCAAUCAGUAAUACCCAUUGGUACAUUAGAAGGUCAUAUGGGUAGUGUAACUGAUUUAGCAUUCAGUCAUGAUGGACAGCGUAUCUUAAGUGGAUGUCAAGAUGGUACAGCUAGAAUUUGGACUUUUGAUAAAAAUAAAAAACAAUGGAACUCAAUCGUAUUGGAUCUUAAACAACCUGUAAAUGACACGACAACUAUUGUAAAGCCUUCAACUCCCAAUUCAACCGUUAUGAGUAGGGCUAAUUCACGAUCAUCAGAUCAUGUACAUGAUAAAAUACAACAGUCAGCAUUAUCUGAUUCCAACGAAUUUGGAACGCUUAUGCCUCCUUUAGAAGAUGAGCUUUCAACUUCUUCUCUUUCGGAUAUGGAUAUUGAUACACCUAGAGAAGCGGCAGUGCCAUCACAAUCAUCAGAUUCACCCAAAGUAUCUAUGAUUGCUUGGAGUGCGGAUGAUCGAUGGUGUGCUGUUGCUUCAAACCAAGGAGAAAUCAGAGUUUACUAUGCCUUUAAUGGAGAACCUGCUUGCGUUCUUAAAGGGCAUAAUGGAGAGAUAUAUGCUCUUGAUAGUCAUCCACUUGAUUCAAAUACUAUUCUUUCUGCAGGUUAUGACGGUAAUGUUAUCCUCUGGGAUGUUGAGAAAAAAAAAGUGAUCAAUUGUACAAAUCAUGUUGGUAGAACAUUUACAGAUUGUAAAUUUUCUAAGGACGGUAUGAAAUAUGCUAUUACAGAUGAAGAAGGACAUUGUACAUUAUUUGGUAUUGGUGGAUUAGAUAAAGAUUAUGAACAAGUACGAAGUUGGGGAAGAGGACAAUAUUUUAUGUCAGAUUAUCAGGCAUUACGCCAUUAUGCAGAUGGUUCAUUUUUAGAUGAAGCAACACAACAAGAACCUUAUGCCUUGCCCUUUUCACCUAUCAUUGAUUUACAAGGAGUAGCUUAUCCUAACCAAAAUAAGCUGGGUUAUGGUCGAAGUAUUCCGAUUACUCCAGAAACAUUUGAAAUAGAAGACUUGAAACGAUCUGCAUGUUAUAACCAUGAAGAGGAAGAAAUUCGUAACAUUAAACUUAUUGUUCUUCCUACUCUCGAUCGUGCUACGAUAGCGAAAAGGAGACGAGAGUUUGUUAAAGUGGAUGAAGAUGAAGAAACAGACAUCGCAACUACAGGUAAUGUUCAAUUUCAAUUUCCACCACCCAUCUUUCCUGUCUUAUUACCAGAUGAUUCUGAGGACGAAGACUAUCAUGAUGACGAAGCAGGUAAUGCAGAUUAUGUAUCAAGUGCAGGCAGUAGUGAAGAUGAAGCAGGCUCAGAUGAUUUUGUUGCCCAAGAUGAUGAUGAAAUGAUUCCCUCAGGCCAUGAAGAUGAAGAAGAAGAAGGCCCCAUCACACGAAGUCGCGCUGGUCAGUUAGGAUCUCAAUCUCUGUAUCGUCCUUCUACAUCCCGUAGCACAUCAAGCAGUCAAACACGACGAGGAGUAACGACUCGUAGACGAGGUCGUGGACGAGGACGUGGUGGUGGUGUGGGUCGACCAAGUACACGAGGUAAUACUCGAUCUACUCGUAAACGUACCCGUGAACGAUCCGAGGAGGAGGAUGAAGAAGAACAACCAGUACGAGCACGAGCAAGACGAAGAGUGGCUGAGAUACCAUCCUAUGUAGAAAGUGAUUUAGAAAGUGAAGAAGAAGAAGAGGAGGAGGAGGAGGAGGAGGAGAGGGAGGAAGAGUUUGUAGAUGUGGAAGAGGAAGAAGAUGAAAGUGAUGAUGAACAUAGUGAUUAUCUAGAAGCUGGGCCUUCUAAUAGUGCUAAACAAAAGAAUCGAAAUAUAGACUUAAAUAUAGCAUCAUCCUCUCAGCAACCCACUACAUCUUCUUCAGAGCCUAUUGAAGAUCGUAAAGGUAAACGCAAACUGCGCUCUUCUACUCUUCUAAAUAAUGGCGGUGAUCCAGAUUCCUCAUCACAACAAUUCUUAUAUUAUCUAAACGACAAUGAUAAUAGUAGCGUUGGAUCGAGUAAAAACAAGGAUAAUCAUCAUGCGAUGGGUCGUACAACAAGAAGCCGCACUAAACAACAAGAUACAACACCUGUUAUCAAAAACUCUAUAUCAACCACAGCAAACAAAUCAUCAGCAACACACAAACGACAUGGAAAGCAGCGUGAUAGUAUUCGUGUAUUAACUGAAGAAGAAAUUAAAGAAUAUGAACCUAUCCCUUGGAUUGUAAAAACAGACCGUUCACUCUCAAAAUAUUUACCUCAACUAGGAGAUACUGUAGUCAUCUUAACUGAAGGACACAAGCAAUAUUUAAGAGCAUCUGAAAUGAAGCAUUUCUUUGAUGAAAAACAUGGCAUUAUUGAUAAGCAUCAACCUGUUUUAUUUGGAAGAGUGUCUAAUAUUAACUGGCAAACAGGACCUCCUACCUAUUGUAAAUUAAAAGUAACUAUGCUUAAACUCUCCAACCUUCAACAAGUACUUGCUCGACAAGAGGAGCCUAAUUGGAUCUCCUUAAAACAAGAUGAAGUCAUUGAAUAUAGUGAUGAGGAUGGCUGUCCUGAAUUUAUUAUUCUUUGGGAACGGUUUAUGGCAUCUAUGGAUAUCUUUCAAACACUUAAAGUAGGACAAAAAGUGAGUGCCAUAUAUGAUGAUGCAGGCCAAUAUACAGGUACUAUAUCACAUCUUAACCAACAAGGAUUACCAUGGAAGCAAGCCAAUUUGCCGAGUCCAUGGGCCUAUUUUCAUGUUAUUUGGGAUGAUAAUACAUCCACACCUGAAGACAUAUGUCCAUGGGAAUUAGUCCCCUUUGGUGAAGAUUUCCGUGUUCGCUAUGAUGUUCAACCUAGUUUAACAGCAGAACAGAUCAAACGGGCCAAGGACACACUGGCAUGGCUUUCAAGUGUAGAUGAUUUCCAAUUAUAUGUACAUCAAGUCAAUUAUUAUGAAUAUCCUGCUUAUUUAUCCAUCAUUGCAUACCCUAUUUGUCUAGACAUGGUAAAAGAGAGAAUAGACAAUAAUUUUUAUCGAUCUGUAGAUGGCUUAAUUGAUGAUGUAGAACUGAUAAAGAAAAAUGCUAUGCGAUAUAAUGCUGAAUCUUCAGCAGCACAUAAAAAUGCAGUUCGAUUAGCCCAUUUUUUUAAAUCACGUAUAUUAAGUAAGUUAAAAAAAAAGGGGGGGCAGAGGAGGGGAAGGAAGGGGAGGGUAAAGGUUUAAAUAUAUACUUUAGAACAAAAGGUAUCUAAUACUAUUAAAUUAAAGAACCUUCAAUGCCACUUGCUUUAACAAGAGGAGGUGGACGGAAAAGAGUCAUAAUAGAAGAAUCAG